AUGUUUUCAUUCAAAGAAAGAAUGGAGACAUUUGCAAAGUGGCCCGAAGGCUAUGGCGUAGCAACACCCGAGAGGCUUUCUGUUGCAGGAUUUGUCUGUCUGUCUACUGAGGAAGGCAAUCUAACUGUGGAAUGUGUGUACUGCCACAAGACACUAGAAUGCUGGGAAAGAACCGACCUACCGGUGAGGGAGCACUAUUUACACAUGAGUAAAUGCCCGCUCUUCAAUGUGAAUAAGAUAGAGAGCAGGGUGAACAUGUUUAAUGGAUGGGAUUCCAAAGAAGCAAAAGCACUUGCAAGAAUAGGGUUUGUUAAAUAUAACCUUGGAGACGCCGACUUCAUUUUUUGUUAUAAGUGUGGAUCUAUUGAUAAGGGCCAUUCUUGUAGGAGAAAAAGAGGAUCUGUAUAUAAUCUAGAGAGAAGAAUUGAUAUAUUCUUCUACAACUUAAUCGAAGGGUCUUAUAACGAAGAGAUAAUGAGGUAUGUCGAGAAUGCCAUGUACAUUCCACGGCAAUCCAAGAAGUUCCUGGGGAUGGUUGCAAAUGCCUUUGGAGGAUCUUCCUUGAAGAGGAUUGGAGAUGUGAUAGACGAGUAUAUAAACGAUAGGCUGAGGGAUAUGGAGAUAGCUAUGGAUGGUGACAUUGAGAGGGUUCUUGAUGAAAUUUCCACGGAAAUCCAGAAGCGGGGUUUAGGAUAG